UGUGUGUGUGUGUGUGUGUGUGUGUGUGUGUGUGAGUGUGUGUGUGUGUGUGUGUGAGCCACUAAUUGGACUGAAUUUCACCGAGCAACAAAAGAUCAGGCUCGAAAAUUCCAGCUCCGGUUUGUACAGGCUUUGCUUUGUUGUCCCUUCGCCUCUGUUUGUUCUCUUCUAAUGCUGUGUUAACAGUUAUCUCUCUCCCUCUCUCUCUCUCUCUCUCUCUCACACUCUCUCUAACUCUCACUUUCUCUCUCUCUCUUUUUCUCAUGCGGCCCAUGAAAGGCUUUUUUUGCCCCAAACGAUGCACCGUUACCCCAACUGCUCAGAGGCAGGCGAACCCCAGAGGCCAGAACUCACGAGGGACUUCCCUCAUCAAAUCACACACACACACACACACACACACACACACACACACACACACACACAUGCAUACACACACACUGCAGGAGCCUGUUGGACAGCCACAAUGAACCCCAGACCUUCAGUGGACCGCUGUCACCGUCGCCAUCUGUGGGAAACUCGCCGUGCCCCUCGGUGCUCAGCCUGGAGCUGAGCUUUUGGCUGGAUUUUUUUCUGCUGAUCUCGAGGCAGGAUAGAGCUCGGGGGGGUAGGACGAUGAUAGAGCUGCAAAGCACUGAGGAUGGCGGCGGAGGUGGCCACGUGGACAUUCUGAGCACCGAGGAGCUGGAGUGUAAGAUCUGCUACUGUGCGUACAACCUGGGCAGCCGCAGGCCGAAGGUGCUCGAGUGCUGCCACCGUCUGUGUGCCAAGUGCCUCGCCAAGAUCCUGGACCUUGGCGAAUCGCCUCCCAACGCCGUGGUGUGCCCAUUCUGCCGCUACGUCACCAGACUGCCGGGCCAGGCGGUGAGCAGCCUGCCAGAUGACUGCAACCUGGUGGCGGCGCUGGCCCUCCAAAGCAGGAAUCAGAGGAACCUCCACUUCCACCAGGAGGCGACCACGGAGCUGCUCCUCAGCCCCAGGCGCCUGACCUCGCUGAUGGGUUGCAACCCACCCAUGACGUCCCCGUCCUCCUCAUCCUCAUCAUCCGCUUCUUCUUCCUCCACCACCUACUCCUCCAUCCGGGGCUCCCCUAACUUUGUGGUCAUUACCAUCAUGGAGCCCCCGCCGAUGCCCACGUCCAGCCAAGAUCUCCACCUCCACCGCCAGCCACAUGGAUCUCACACGUCAAACCGGGGCUACCGCUCGUCCAGCCUGGACUCCAUGGCGUCCAUCACGCAGAGGUGGACGGUGUGGAACUGCGCAGCCCUCCUGUGCCAGACCUCGGCCCGGGCGCUGGUGUGGGUGCUGGGGCUGCUGUACUUCAGCUCGCUGCCCAUGGGGGUUUACCUGCUCAUCAUGCAGAGGACGACGCUCGGGGUGCUGCUGGUGAGCCUGGUUCCCGCCAGCCUCGUCAUGAUCAUGGUCUACGGGUUCUGCCAAUGUAUCUGCCAUGAGUUGUGGGACUGCAUGCCGCCGUAAUGGGACCAGAUGAAUGGGCAACGGUUUUGCUUUGAAUAUGCUUGACAAUGGAUCUCCAGAAUCCACUAAUGGGGAUGUUACUGUGUAACUGACCAUGUAAACAUUUCAAUAGCAGGAAACAAAAAUGCCUCCUUUUCUUUGUUGAAGAAGAGAGCAGGAACAGUAUGUACAUUACAGACGGAGCUCACAGUUUCAUUAUUAUACAUGUUAGCUUUGUUUAGCUUGGUAGAUAGAGCUCAAAGUGUCAGAUUUAUAGCUACAACUUUAAUGCCAGUUCUGGUGGAAUCUGCUAAAAUAUUAUGCACAAUAGCCUAUAGUGAGAAACCUGAAGGUAUUUAAGGUCGUAAUAAUAACUUGGCUCUGACACCUGUGGAUCUAAUUUGUUGUAAUUUUCAGAUUGUGUCACGGCCAUAAAUGCAUCAAUUGUGAACUUUAACAUCAUGAAUUCCUGACAGUUCUUGACAUCAACACGGAAAGCAGAGACCAGUUUGGGUAUUCCCCUUUCUGGAUCAUUACGGAUUGCUUUUUGUUUACCAGAGGAUGAUUAAACCCUAGCAGGCGCAAU